GCGCUCGGGCUGGGCCGCGGCAGUGCUGGGAGAGCUGAGUCUAGGCUCGCAGCUCCCCUUGGCAGAGCGUCCGCUCCGUCCCCGCUGCGCCUGCUGUCACCUCCCGCCGCCUGCUCAGCAAUGAGGGUCCUGAGCGCGCGCUGUCGGGUGCUACUGGCCUGCCUCGCCCUGGUGCUGCCAGUCUCAGAGACAAACUUUCUGUCGAAGGAACGUGCUUCACAAGUCCUGGUGAGGAAGCGCCGUGCAAAUACCUUGAUUGAAGAAACUAAAAAGGGCAACCUUGAGAGAGAAUGCAUUGAAGAGCUCUGCAAUAGAGAGGAAGCCAGAGAGGUCUUUGAAAAUAAUCCUGAAACGGAUUAUUUUUAUCCAAAAUAUCUAGGUUGUCUGGGUGCAUUCCGUGCUGGAGCAUUCAGCGCCGCGCGUCAGUCAGUUAAUGCCUACCCUGACCUCAGGAGCUGUGUCAAUGCCAUCCCAGACCAAUGUGACCCCAUGCCAUGCAAUGAAGAUGGGUAUCUGACCUGCAAAGAUGGCCAAGCUGCUUUCACGUGCAUCUGUAAACUAGGCUGGCAAGGAGACAAGUGUCAGUUUGAUGUAAAUGAAUGUAAAGAUCCCUCAAAUGAAAAUGGAGGCUGUAGCCAGAUUUGCAACAACACUCCUGGAAGUUACCACUGCUCCUGUAGAAUUGGCUUUGCGAUGCUUUCAAAUAAAAAAGACUGCAAAGAUGUGGAUGAGUGCCUCCUAAAGCCGAGUGUUUGUGGCACAGCCGUGUGCAAGAACAUUCCAGGAGACUUUGAAUGCGAAUGUCCUGAUGGCUACAAAUAUGAUCCCUCAUCAAACUCUUGUGAAGAUGUGGAUGAGUGCUCUGAGAACAUGUGUGCCCAGCUGUGCGUCAACUACCCUGGAGGCUACUCUUGUUACUGUGAUGGGAAGAAAGGAUUCAAACUUGCCCAAGAUCAGAAGAGCUGUGAGGGUAUUCCAGUGUGCCUUUCCUUGGACCUUAAAAAAAAUUAUGAAUUAUUAUACUUGGCCGAGCAGUUUGCAGGAGUUGUCUUAUAUCUGAAAUUUCGAUUGCCAGAAGUCACCAGAUUUUCAGCUGAAUUUGAUUUUCGGACAUACGAUUCAGAGGGCAUCAUACUGUAUGCAGAAUCUCUUGACCACUCAAACUGGCUCUUGAUUGCACUGCGGGAUGGAAAGAUUGAAGUUCAGUUUAAGAACGAAUUUUCGACCCAAAUCACAACUGGAGGCAAUGUUAUUAACAAUGGUAUAUGGAAUAUGGUGUCUGUGGAAGAAUUAGAUGACAGUGUUAGCAUUAAAAUAGCUAAAGAAGCCAUGAUGAACAUAAAUAAACUUGGGAGCCUUUUUAAACCUACAGAUGGAUUUCUGGACACCAAAAUAUACUUUGCAGGAUUACCCCGGCAAGUUGAAAGUGCACUCAUUAAACCGAUCAAUCCUCGCCUGGAUGGAUGUAUACGAGGCUGGAAUUUGAUGAAACAAGGAGCUUUAGGUGCAAAGGAAAUUAUUCAAGGAAAACAAAAUAAGCAUUGCUUCAUCACGGUGGAGAAGGGAUCCUACUACCCUGGUUCUGGAAUUGCUCAGUUCAGCAUAGAUUACAAUAAUGUAACCAAUGCAGAGGGUUGGCAAAUAAACAUGACCUUGAAUAUUCGCCCAUCCACUGGCACUGGAGUUAUGCUUGCUUUGGUUUCUGGAAACACAGUACCUUUUGCCUUGUCCUUGGUGGACUCCAUCUCUGGAAACUCUCAGGACAUUCUGGUAUUUGCUGGAAAUUCAGAGGUGGCUCGAAUAGAGGCCCUAACCCUGUGCUCUGACCAGCAAUCUCAACUGAAAUGUAACGUUAACAGAAAUGGACUGGAGCUGUGGACCCCACUGAGAAAAGAUGCUGUUUACGCUAAAGAUCUUCAAAGGCAACUUGAUGUCCUAGACAGAGCAAUGAAAGGGACUGUGGCCACUUACCUGGGUGGCAUUCCAGACAUUCCCUUCAGUGCCACCCCAGUGAAUGCCUUUUACAGAGGCUGCAUGGAAGUGAACGUCAACGGUGUGCAGCUAGACCUGGACGAAGCCGUUUCGAAACACAAUGACAUUAGCGCUCACUCGUGUCCAUCAGUUAGGAAAAUCCAGAAGAACUUCUAAAGUGUGUUUUCCACGCCUAUAAUACUUCUUUUCUUGUUGUAGUUAAGCUCCUGUUUGUCUCGCCAUCUGACAGGUAUUACCUGCAACGUGCAAUGUUUGAAUAUUAUGUGGUACUUUAUCCUUCAGAUUUUUGUUAUAUAAAUCACAUUUUUGAAAAGUCUUGCUCCCAUUGCUGUCUAGAAAUUAAAUAAUGGAACACACAGGAAAUUUAAGUUUCAAUGCAUUUGCUAUAAAUGAUACUGCUUUCGAUUUUUUUUCAGUUUUAAAAGUAAGAUUCAGCAUCAUUGAACUAGUAUUUAAAUAUCUAUUUUUUCCUCAGAAGAUGAAUCAGUUAAACCCAAACAAAAGCUCGUGUGACUAAAUGUUAACAGUUGCAGAUAGAUGCUGUAAUUUUGCUGUUGUGUUUUGCCUACAAAAGUG